AUGGAAGAACCAAACCUGUCUCUACGCAUUGUGUUGCCUCGAGAAUUGACGACAACGGUGGGACCGACUGACCCCGUUGAACGACCGGUGACCGGCGCCGUUUACGCCUUCUCUUGGAGACCAAAGAGAGGCACGUCUGACAUGGGUUAUGCAGCUGAUGAUAUGGGAGGAGUAAGACCUGGACCAGACCAAGAUAAUGACACAGGCCCAAUUGAGACCCAGCCCAAAUACACUAUAAAGCCUGUCUUUCGAAUUCUCCAGGCCCAUGAGGUUGGUGUCAACACCACUUGA